AUGAAGAGUCCUUUCUCUCCUGAAGCUUCGUCAGAAAGUUCUGGAGAAAGCGAAGAUAACUCCCACUCUAUUACUAUUGAUGAUUCAGAGCGCAUUGAUGCGACGCAAGACUCACUGAAAGCAGACAACACAAAUUCAUUCGUUGAUGCAGCUCAGGAGUUUGACUCUUCUUUGCGCAAACUCAAAAGUAAGAGGAACAACGACAAAGCUUUUAGCGAGGAGAGAGACGUUGAACUCGCUAAGCUCCUUGGAGUGGAUAUUGGAGGAGUCAAACCAAAGAAAAAUGGGCGUCGAAUCAUCACUCCAAGACGCCCUAUAAUAAUUCACGGAAAGCGACUUUCCUCACAAGAAGUUCUUCAUUUGCCUAAUGAAGUGGAGUCAGGAGCAAUCAAUGCAGAUGCUUCUUCAGAUGACCAAUCACUGGAGGGUUCACUCUCAGAUGAAAUGGACGCCAAAACAGAAACAGAGUUUGAUAAUGAAGAUGAAGAUGAGCUGGAUGAAGAUUUUGAUCUUGAAGUGAAUAAAAACACUAUGACUGCAUCUGACUUUGAUGACGAAAGUGAUUCAAGUACUAGAAUCAACAGACACAAACGCAAGUCAUCUAAAAAACAGAAGGCGAGACCACAUAUAAGCAUUCAGUCCUUCUUUAAGAGUGUCACAUAUCUUUUGGUCUGGAUUGCAGUGUUAGGAGCCAGCUUAUUUGGAUAUUGGUACAGAGAACAGACAUUUUUAGUGGGCUAUUGUGGGCAAGAAAUAUUCAAACCAACUAUUCCCAGCACACCCCAAACUCCAAAAUUCUUGGUAAAUUUUGGAGCAUAUCUCGACAAAAAUUUCAGACCACAAUGUGUUAAGUGUCCCCAACAUGCAAGAUGUUUCUCCAAUUUGAAUAUCGGUUGCUAUGAUGAUUUUGUGGAGUAUGCGCCAUGGUAUUUUCCAUACGUUCCUAUGAUCGAUCCCACACUGAAAAGAUGCGUUCCCAAUACUAAGAAGGCAGAGAAAAUUGAAAUCAUGAUUGAUGUUGCUCUUGAUUUAUUGCGAGCAAGAAACGCUAAUAAGAACUGCGGCAACACACUGGAUCGAGACUUCGAGGCUGGUCUUUCGACAACAGAUCUUCACGAUAUAUUGUUGAGUCUUAAAGCACCAUACAUUACUGAAGAAGAGUUUGAGGAACUUUGGGCUCGUUGUGUGGUGGAGUUGGAAGCAAAACCCGAGAUAAUUGUAAGGCAAGUUCCAUUUAAUUUUUCAUCUUCUAUAAAGACACAUACUAACAAGCGGCAGGUUGGAUCCCGAGCUCAUCACGAUCUCUCCAGAAUUGACACUAACAACACUGUUGGCACGACGCAAACCAAGGACAAAGUUCUUCGAUCAACGUCCUUAUCGCACAUUAGCCUAAAGUGCCAAAUGUCCAAUACUGCCACGGGCAUACUUCUUCGUUUUAAACGGUUUUUGCUUGCAGUAGUUAUCGCUACUACUGCUGCAUUUUCUGCCCGUUACAAGUAUCAAAAAAUGCAGUAUCACGCACAGCAAGUGGAGACAGUCUACAAAGAAGUUUUAAGCAAACUCCAGCGCCAGGCGAAAUUGGCCGCUGAAACGAGCGAGCUUCCGCCCUACAUUGGAUCAAUUCAGCUCCGAGAUCUUAUUCUCAGCCAUGAAAGUAAUUUGGCAAGGAAAAUGCGUCUAUGGGAAGCGGUGAGCCGCAAAGUAGAUCGCAAUAGCAACGUGAGACACCAGUUGCUUGAGAUCCACGGAGAUGUUAUGAAAGUGUGGGAGUGGGUCUCUGUUCUCGAUUAA